AUGCUUGGGCUUGGUGCAAACAAUCUGACAGGAAGAAUUCCACCAUCUUUUGGUAAUCUUUCAUCAAUUAGAAAUUUAUCUCUAGCAGUUAACAAAUUGGUGGGAAAUAUACCAUAUCGCGUUGGUCAUCUAAAAAGCUUAGUCCAUUUCAGCAUUUCAGCCAAUAAAAUCUCAGUUCCAACUAAUUUGGGAAAUCUGCCUGAUCUUCGGUUGCUAGACUUGAGUAACAAUUACCUAGGACGGAGCCUGGAUUUCUUAAAAUCUUUGACCAAUUGUAGUAAACUAGAUAUAUUGGGUUUAAGUAGAAACCAAUUUGGAGGUGUUUUGCCUAUACCUGUAGGCAACUUGUCAACUCAACUUACUGAAUUAUAUUUUGGAAGCAAUGAAAUUUCUGGAACUAUUCCAGUAACAUUAGGGAAUCUUGUCAACUUAAUUGGCUUAGGCUUGGAGCAUAAUCUUUUCACAGGCCUCAUUCCCACUACUUUAAAGAAGUUUCAAAAAAUUCAAGCAUUGUAUUUAGGAGGAAAUAGAUUGUUAGGAGAAUUACCAACCUCCAUUGGCAACCUUACGUUAUUCCUACUCAAUUUACAUGAAAACAGAUUAGAAGGAAGCAUACCUCCAAGUCUAGCUUAUUGGUCUAUCUUCCCUGAUGGAGAUCAAGGUAUUGCUUCGAAGGAUCUCGUUCAAGUACCAAUUGGGCCGGUUACAAGAGCACGAGCAAAGAAGUUCAAGAAUGUAAUUCCUUUUGAAGGAUCCUUACCGUCAUCCAUGGCUUUCUUAAAAGGCCUCCAAUUCCUUGAUGUUUCAAGAAAUAACCUAUCAGGCUCAAUUCCAAAAGGUUUAGAAAAGCUUCCUUCUUUAAAAGAAUUGAACCUCUCAUUCAAUGAUAUCAAAGGUGAGUUACCACUAGAGGGAGUUUUAAAAAAUGCAAGUGCUAUAUCAGUGAUUGGAAAUACUAAACUUUGUGGUGGUGUUCCACAAUUAUUGUUGCCUCCAUGUCCUGUUGAAGUCAUAAAACCUACAAAGUCCCUUUCAUUCAAACUUAAAAUUGCAAUCAUUGUUGUCGUUGUAUGUUUAUUUCUGUUUUCAUUCAUUCUUUUUCUUCAUCGGAGGAAAAAAUCAAAAAGAAAUUCAUCUUCUUUAGGUUCAACAAUAGACCUCCUUCCAAAUGUUUCUUAUAAAAUGCUUUAUCAGGCAACCAAUGGAUUUUCUCCUAGUAACUUAGUUGGGACUGGCAGUUUUGGUUGUAUAUAA